UUUGAAAAUGCUGCAUAAUGAACAGAACUUAACUACUGCUUAGUGGGAAGAAGUAUUUAGGCAAUGCCUGACUGUGUGACGGGAAGACUGCUGCUUUAUUUAUCAUCACUCUAUUCAGAUUUCCCAAAAAACAGUGACAGAGGCCCUCAGCGCCGCUGCUCUUUUCUCUGCCCAUGCCUUCUCUUUUGCGAUCUGGUGAAAUCAGCCUAACCUCUGAUGCCUGGGUAGCUUCUUGUGACUGUUAUUGGGACAUUUUGAACAUCUACCUUCAAGAAGAGCGAGGACAGACAUAAAUAGCCUUGAGCACACAAUAUAGAUCUUGGCAUAUUGUUGGAACUCAAAACAUGUUUGUUGUGUUCAUUUCCAAGUUCUGCCUAAAGCUUAGUGGCAGCCACCUCCAGUAUCAAAAAGUAUUUUACAGAGAUGAUGAGAGCCUUGGGAUACCCUCGACACAUUUCUAUGGAAAAUUUCCGCACACCAAAUUUUGGACUUGUAUCUGAAGUUCUUCUCUGGCUUGUGAAAAGGUAUGAACCUCAGACUGACAUACUUUCUGAUGUUGAGACGGAACAAGACCGAGUUUUCUUUAUUAAGGCAGUUGCCCAGUUCAUGGCCACAAAAGCACAUAUAAAACUCAAUACUAAGAAGCUGUAUCAAGCAGAUGGGUAUGCAGUGAAAGAACUAUUGAAGAUCACCUCUGUCCUUUAUAAUGCUAUGAAGACCAAAGGGAUGGAGAGCUCUAAAAUAGGAGAGGACGAUAUCAGCAAAUUCAAGUUUGAUCUUGGCUCAAAGAUUGCAGAUUUGAAAGCUGCCAGGCAGCUUGCUUCUGAAAUCACCUACAAAGGAGCAUCUCUGUAUGACUUGCUGGGCAAGGAGGUAGAGUUGAGGGAACUGAGAACAGAAGCAAUUGCUAGACCUCUGGAAAUAAACGAGACUGAAAAAGUGAUGAGAAUUGCAAUAAAAGAUAUUUUGGCUCAGGUUCAGAAGACGAAAGAUCUGCUCAAUAACGUGGCCUCUGACGAAGCUAAUUUAGAAGCCAAAAUUGAAAAGAGGAAAUUAGAACUGGAAAGAAACCGGAAGCGACUCCAGACUCUGCAGAGUGUCAGGCCAGCCUUUAUGGAUGAAUAUGAGAAGAUUGAGGAAGAAUUGCAAAAGCAGUAUGACAUUUAUCUGGAGAAAUUUCGAAAUCUAGCUUAUCUGGAACAGCAACUCGAGGAUCAUCAUAGGAUGGAGCAAGAGAGGUUUGAGGAAGCCGAAAAUACUCUCCGUCUGAUGCAGAACAAGCUGAAGGAAGAAGAAAAGCGACUACUCAAGAGUGGAAGUCAGCCAGGAGAGCCCGAAGCUGCCCUAAGUGAUAAGACCGCAUGGAAUUUAUCCCCACCUGGGAGGCCUGGCACAGGUAAUGAUGACUCGGACAUCGACAUCCAGGAGGAUGAUGAAUCUGACAGUGAACUGGAAGAGAGACGGCUGUCGAAGCCACGGACAGCCAUGGAAGUGCUCAUGCAAGGAAGACCUAGCAAACACAUCGUGGGCACAAUGCAAGGUGGAGACUCCGAUGAUGAUGUGAGUCCAAACCAGCCCCCGUUAGCAGUUGUAUUCUUUCUACGCUUGGGCUGGCCCCGUGACUGCAUUAGCCAGGAAAUGGAAGGAGCACCAGCUCUGUUAGGUAAAUGCAAGACUUCCAGCUCCAAGAAGCAGGAAGACUCGGAGGACAGUGAAAUUGACAUGGAAGAUGAUGAAGAAGACGACGACUUAGAAGACGAGAGCAUUGCUCUCUCUCCAGCUAAAUCUAGUCGAAGGGUCCGGAAACCUGAGCCCCUGGAAGAGAGUGACAAUGACUUCUGACUUUCUUGCCAAGGGACCCAUGCAGAUUUAAACCCUCAGAUUUGUAGGUAAAUGGGAAUUUAGAAGGUUAGAAAGGAAGUAUAUUUUUUUUACUAAGUCAGUUGGACUUACUGAAGUAUUACCUGUUUUUUGCUUUAGCCUCCUAUGUGUUACUCCAUGAAGCUUAAACCAAACCCAGAGCAAACUCCAAAAAUGAUUUUUUUUUUUGCCUUAUCUCCUAAAAGUGGGAAAUAUGUGUGUGCUUAGUGAUUCACAUCCACAGGACAAAAACUUGAGGAGAAAUAAGUUUCUGUGUAAGUUUGAUUAUUGUUGUUGUCACAUAUGUCCUCUAAGAGUCAGUGGGACAAACCUGAGGCUGGCACUGCACACAAGGACUCAUUUUAGGAAUUAGUGCCGGACUUUUAGCCACUUGUACAAUUUAGAGGCUUUUAAUUCUAGCUUUUAUUUCAUUUUAUAGUCUUUUUUUCCUGCAUGUUCACAAUACCAAGCUUUAAAUGCAUUUUACUAAAAUUUUCUGAAUGAAAGUUAGCUAAGUCAGAUGAAAAUCAACUUUCUUUGAAAAUCAGGCAACAGAAGAUCCUCCAGAUUAUAAAUUCUCCAUUUUUUUCUCAGAAGGCCAGCAUUCCCUCUUAGGAAAGUUGACUUAAAAAAUAAACCAGAAUUGAAAUAGGUAGAGUAACACUAGAAUUUCUCUAUUGUGAAAAGACAAGUGAAAGAUAAGUGGCAUUUUUUGUUUUGUUUUUUGGGAAGCACAGAACAGUUUUUAUUGUUUUUCAGUUAUAAAGUCAUAAGACUUCUGAAGUUAUUCUCUUAAUAAAUGUUUUUAAUACCAUAUUUUUAUAUUAUUAAAUAAAUUUUACUUGAAAAUGUAA